AUGGACUGCCUACUACCGUGGACGAAAGAGUUACUCGACUCUGGCGGACGGCCUACCAUCGACUCAUUCGAAGCCUUCCGUUGGCUGGAUACGAGAGCUCCCGGAGUAUACGCAUGUCUUGCCAUCAAGAAAGACAAAUCAGGAAGGAUCAUUGCGGUCCGCAUAAAAGUCGGCUGUGCCUGGUCAUUCGAAGGGGCCCGGGGGUUGAAGGCCAGACAGUGUACGCACCUAAACGACGAAAAGUCGAAGAAGGAGGCCUCGCAGAACAGUCCCUUCCACAUCUGUAUCCAGACCACCGACCCUGACCAGGAAGACCUCGAGCUCAAGUGGUUAACACUUGCAGUUGGCAUGCCAUAUAUCCGGGAAACACAAGCAGACGAGUACCUUGCUGCUAGGUACUACCAAUCAGAAGCGAUGCUCGCAAGCGCACUUGGAUCCCUCAACGAGAAGAGCGACGACUACAAAUUCCGUGGCACGCAAUGGUGGCCGUUCGAUCCGGCAGAUACCCCCGAGCCCUGGAAGGGAGCAGAUCACCACUGCUCUAUUAGAGAUCUCUGGGCCAAACGCCCUACCAUGCGUACCGAAGAUGAGAUUGCUGAGUGGGGGGCGGCUGCAAGAGUCGUCGAGACCACGAGGGUCCGAAAGCAACAGCGUGCCGCCGUCGAGGGAAUCAUGUACUUCUGCACAUACACCGGAUGCGAGAGGGAGCAGAGAGGGCGUGGCUUCGGGUCCAUCCAAGCUCUUGAAGGUCACCAUGCAUGGCAUAACCGCGACAUUGCCAUCGCCGAGGACCGCUACCUUUCCACCUCUCGCGAUCGUGACUACGGCCAUCCGGCUUGA